GACCAACAAGACACCACCCUCAACAUCUCAUAGCAAUUCCACACUAAUUAAACUUCAUGAAAGCCACCACUCUUUCUUGACUCCAAUAAUUCAUCACCAAAGAAUUAGAUCUCCAUAACUAAUACUCGUAUAAAUACAAAUUUUUAUUUCAACCCCACUAUUCCUACCCCUUUUCUUUUCACGUGAACAACAGAAAUGGAUCUUGAAGAGUGGGAGGUUCUUCCUGAGGAUGGGUUUCUUCAAAUCCAUGAUGAUGGUGGCAACAAGAUUUUCUCAAGAAAAUUUAUUUCUGAUUCCAAUAGAGUUUUCCAUGAUUACUUUAGUUGUUCAACUCCAAAUCCUUGUCAAUUUGUCGACUCAACAGUCCACCCUAGAGUGCCAAAACAACUUAUCCCACUCUCAAUUCAACUAAAGCCAAGAAUCCAGAAAACACAUGAUGAUAAUGAUGAUGAUGAUGAUGAUGAUGAGGUUUCUAAAGAAGUCAUCACUACUCAAGUUCCUUUUGAGAUCAACAUAUUACCAUCAACCAUUUCUGAAAAGAUCAAAGCUCCAGCAGCUAUGAUGGAAACAGAUCAAGUACUGUCACAAGUUUUCUUCAAGAAAAUGAAGGAUACUGAAAGUAGACUUACACGAGACAUGAAAGUAGAGUCACCCAAGUCAAGUAACAAGACCUUUGUGCCACAAAUUGAUCAAGAGUACCCUUUUCCAUUUGAGGAGAAAAGUGAAGUUAUUGAAAUUGACAAAGAUAUAGUGAUCAAGAAAAUGGAGAUGGAAGCUGAGAUAAUUCAUGAAGAUAACAGAGGUGGAUUAAACCUAUUGAACUGGAGCUUGACUGGGAUUGGUGCUAUUUGCUCAUUUGGGGUUGCUGCUGCUGCUACCAUUUGCAUCAGCUUCAUUGGUAAUCGCCAAAAACAUAAGCAAAAUCAGCAGAAUCAGAUGCUUCGGUUCCAGAUCUUUUCUGAUGAUAAGAGGAUGAAGCAAGUAGUUCGCCACGCAAGCAAAUUGAAUGAAGCAAUAUCAGCAACGAGAGGAGUUCCUAUAAGCAGAGCACAAAUCACAGUUGGAGGAUACUAUGAUGCUGUCUGAAUCAAUAAAUAUCCAGUAAUGACUUAGUCAGCCUCCGGCGUCAUUGUUAUGUUCAAGUAGAUCCUAGUAUUUUAUAAAUAUAGGAUCAUUAUAAAUGUUGUACAGAUAUAUGUUGGAUUUCCUAUAUUCCAUGAGCUUAGUAAGGUCAGUUAUUCUAAAAAAAAAGACAGGAGUUUGGUAAUGUGUGAUGUUUGGUUAUGUGUGUAAGGGGUCGUUUGGUAGGAGGUAUUAGAAAAAAUAAUGCAAGCAUUAGCUUUAUGCAUUAUUAAUACCCUGUUUGAUA